AUGGACCGCGACGAGGAGAUGGGCCACGGCGACAGGUCGCUGCUGUUCAUCGGCGACGAGGACGACGACCUCGGCGCGGACCGGGACGGAGGCUACCCACCGUCCUCCGACGAGGGCUCCUUCUCCGACAGGAGCGACGACGACCUGGACGCGCCCGAAGACGGCCAGAAGGGCGCAUGGCCGCAGAGUUACAGACAGUCGAUCGAUAUGAUGAGCGCGGUGUCGUCGCCGACUGUCAGCACGAUCAUGGCGGCGAGCCCGAGCCUGAGCAGGCUCGGCAACUCAUUCCUCAAGGCCGGGAGCUCCUUUUUCCUCAAGAAGGGGGCCGCCGGCGAGGGCUCGCUGCCGCUCACCAGGCCGUUGCUGCCACCAUCGCUCUCGCAGCUCUCGCAGCAGCAGUCCGUGAAGCAGUCCACGGACGACAGCCUAGGCCUGCCGCCGCGGCCUCCAGCGGUGCCGGAGUCCGAGAUGCCAGAGAGGCCGUCGAGGGCGUGCCUGAAAUCCGACUACAUCGAGCUUCCGCCGCCGGCUACCAAGUGCAGCAAGGGCCAAUCAAUCAUCAAUGGGUUCAAUGUUCUGUGCGGCCUCGGAAUUCUCACCACGGCUUAUGGAGUCAAGGAAGGCGGAUGGUUAAGCCUCCUCAUGCUGCCCUUGUUGGGUGCCAGUUCAUGCUAUACCGGCUUGCUUCUGAAGAGGUGCAUAGACAGUUCGCCGAACAUAGAGACAUAUCCAGAUAUUGGACAAGUCGCUUUCGGUAUUUUCGGUCGAAUAUUUGUAUCGGUUGUUCUUUACAUGGAACUUUAUGCAAGCUGUGUGGAGUACAUCACGCUGCUAGGAGACAGCUUGUCGUCAGUGUUUCCCUCAGCGCAUUUAGCUUUUACCGGCAUCUACCUUAAUGCGCAUAAUCUCUUUGCAAUCACAAUGGCCUUGGCAAUUCUCCCAUCAGUCUGGCUAAGGAACCUCAGCCUCCUCUCCUAUCUUUCUGCCGGAGGUGUGGUCGCGACAAUAACAGUCAUUGUCUGCCUAUUUUGGGUUGGUAUUGGGGAAGGAGUUGGGUUCCACCCUUCUGGGACAGCACUGAAUCUGACCCACCUUCCAGUGGCACUUGGACUGUAUGGAUAUUGCUACUCAGGACACUCAAUUUUUCCAAAUAUAUAUUCGUCAAUGAAGGAGCGCUCGCAGUUUACUUUUGUACUUGUGUUCUGCUUCGUAGUGGUCACAAUUGUGUAUGCUGGAGUAGCCGUCUCGGGAUUUCUGAUGUUUGGUGACUCCACGAUGUCACAAUUCACAUUGAACAUGCCACAACAGUACAUUCCCUCUAAAAUCGCCAUUUGGAUGACGAUUGUGAAUCCAUACACAAAGUACGCCUUGACAAUGACGCCAGUCGCCUUGUCAAUAGAGGAGGCGCUGCCCAAGAAGAUGCAGAGUUACCUAGUUGGAAUGUCUGUUAGGACAUGUCUUGUCAUCUCAACUGUCGUCGUGUCUCUUUCAUUUCCAUAUUUUGCCUUGGUGAUGGCACUGCUUGGAUCUGUCUUCACAAUGCUUGUGGCUCUGAUACUCCCAUGUGCAUGCUAUCUCUCCAUCAAGAAGGGUGCAAUACCUUUGUGGGAGGUGAUCCUGUGCAUAACUAUCAUAAUGAUCGGGGCCGUUUGCGCGUGCAUCGGGUCAUACACCUCAAUUAAUCGAAUUAUUAGCAGCAGAUAG